GAAAUCACUUAGCAUGAUUAUUUUUGACUCUUAACUUUUCGUGGGGACUGCGGUGAUGCAUGGAUAGGAUGAUUCCGGUGAGACUAUUACGUUCGUUUCUGUGCCCCUGCAUUGCUUGCCUGCCUUGCCCUGGCGAGCAUAGCUGCACUUUUACUGGUGAGACCUGCCUUGGUAUUGUUUUCUUGAAUUCAAGUGAAGGACUUUCGCGCCUACUAGGGCAAUCAUGACAGUAAUCGCUCGUUUAUAUGUGAUCCGACACGGGGAGACCGAGUGGAACCGCGCGAGAAUUAUUCAAGGUCAAGCUGAUUCCCAGCUCAAUGAUCUAGGAGAAACCCAGGCCGCUAUGACUGGAGAAGCAUUGAAAGCGAUCCAUUUCGACAAAGCUUUCACGAGCGAUCUUUCAAGAGCUUCCAAGACGGCUGAGAUAAUUUUGCAGCAUCAUCCCGAUGUCUUCUUGGUGAAAGAUCAAGCUCUGAGAGAGAGGUUCAUGGGGAAGUUACAGGGAACCAAGGGACCAGCAAACUCAAGUGAACCUUCCCUUGAAUCCCUUGAAGCCAUGCGCGAGCGAUCCGUCGGGUGGUAUAAUCGCGAGAUUGUUCCAUACGUCUCAUCCCUUGCCGACAAUCCUGACGGAAAAUGUCGGAACAUUCUGGUUACGUCGCAUGGAUGGCUUAUAAGUUCAUUUUUCAAGUCCAUGAUAGCCACUGGGGUAUUGGAGUGCACCGAAGAACUAUUAAGAGCUUCGCCGAGAAUACCUAAUGCUAGUUUGUCAGUGGUGGAAUACAGCAUGAUUGGAUCUGGAUCAGAACAGAGGAUUGGGUCUACUGUUGUCCAGUACGGAGAUGACUCACAUCUAACCGGGACGCAAACUCUGCAGGACAAUGCAGAUAUGGAUGCCCUUCGAUCGUGAUUACAUUGAUGUUGACAUUUUAUAUAGCCCUGUCACACAUACCAACUUAGAAUCUAGAUGAUAUACCGUUCUCUUCGCUUUUC